AAGAAAUAAUUUCAAAUUUAGUUAUUCAGUGAUAGUAAGACCAUGAAGUCAGGCAGAAAUUUGCUCAUUAUUUUAGCUUUUGCAUUGACAGCUUUAACUGCAAAAGCUCACGAUGUUUCUCUAUUGAAAUACUUUCAAAAUCCUGAAGCACAAAUCAAAUUAAAGCCCAGACUAACAACGGCCGAUCGUAUUGCCGAUCAUGGUUAUCCGGCAGAAACACAUCGCACUAUUACAGAAGAUGGUUACAUUAUCACCAUGUUUCGCAUACCCUAUUCACAUAAAUUGCAAAAUGCCAAACAAUAUCGGCCCAUAGUGUUAAUACAACAUGGUUUAUUUAGUUGUUCAGAUGCUUGGAUGUUUAAUGGACCCGAUGAUGGUAUAGCUUUCCUUUUAGCCGAUGCCGGUUUCGAUGUUUGGCUGGGCAAUGCCAGAGGCAAUACUUAUUCACGUAAUCAUACCUCGCGAUCGACUAAUCAUCCGUAUUUCUGGCGUUUUAGUUGGCAUGAAAUUGGUCACUAUGAUUUGGCCGCCAUGGUGGAUUAUGCUUUGCUUAACAAUGGUCAAGGUCAAAAAGCCAUACAUUAUGUGGGUCAUUCUCAGGGUACAACGGCAUUUUUCGUUUUACUCUCCACACGUCCAGAAUAUAAUGAAAAGAUAAAAACUGCUCAUAUGUUAGCCCCGGUAGCUUUUAUGAAUAAUAUGAACGAUUUAUUGGUGAGAACAUUGGCUCCCUAUUUGGGUCAUCCCAAUAAAUAUGCUGCCCUCUUUGAUAGUCAGGAGUUUUUGCCCUACAAUGAUUUGUUUGUUAAAUUGGGUUACAACGCCUGUAAUCCCGAUUCGAAAUAUCAGCAUUUAUGCAAUUCCAUGGCCUAUUUAGUUCAGGGCGAGGAGAGUAAUUCAAAUGCGACCGCCUUUAUCAUUACUGCCCAAACUCAUCCAGCAGGUUGUUCUACCAAUCAAAUUUGCCACUACAUGCAAGAACAACAGUCCGCCUGUUUUUGUCAAUAUGAUCAUGGUCUCGUAAAGAAUAUGCAACUCUAUGGCCAACCUACCCCCCCGGAUUAUCCUGUUCAUCUAAUCACCGCUGAAUUACAUUUGUGGUAUAGUGAUAAUGAUGAAAUGGCUGCUGUGGUGGAUGUUGAACGUUUGGCUGAUCUAUUACCCAAUCGUAUAAUGCAUCAUAUGGAAGAUCCCACCUGGAAUCAUGGUGAUUUUAAUACUCAUAUGGAAGUGCGUAAAUAUCUUAAUGAGCCCAUGAUCGAAAUAAUGCAGAAGUAUGAGGAAAAGCUAAAUUUUAAUAACAACAAAAGCGAAUAAAGGUAUUUCAA